GAGCCGGGCUGGAGGAGGGGCGCAGGCCAGCGUGUGCUCCGCGCGUCCCCACCGCAGGCUCCCCGUCCCCGCCGUGCGCUCCCUCCGGUCCGGAGGCUGCGGGCCCCGCUCGGGCGCCGUCUCCCCACCCGCCCGCCCCAUGGCUUCGCCGGAGGACCCUCUGCGCGCAGGUCACAUGGCCGAGGAGCCCGUGGAAGACACGGACCCCAGCACUCUGUCCUUCCACGUGUCAGACAAAUAUCCCAUUCAAGACACGGGGCUCCCUAAAGUUGAAGAGUGUGAUCCAGUCCCUUCGAACGGCCCAGCAAAUUCUGAUGUGCACCAUCAGGGAGAAGAGAAUGGCUUUGCAGACAGUCCCGGAGACCCCCUCGCAGACGUAAGCAAGGUCGUCGGCAAGGCCGAGUCCUGCCGGGAGGACUGCACCUGCUCCGCCUGCUCGCUCCGGGCCCCCACCAUCAGCGACCUGCUCAACGACCAGGACUUGCUGGACGUGAUCAGGAUCAAGCUGGACCCCUGGCACCCCACCAUCAAGAACUGGAAGAAUUUUGCCAGCAGGUGGGGCAUGCGCCACGACGAGCUGAACUUCCUGGAGCAGCGGCCCCAGAGCCCCACCCUGGAGUUCCUGCUCCGCAACAGCCAGCGGCCGGUGGGCCAGCUCCUGGAGCUCUGCCGGCACUACCACCGCGCCGACGUGGAGCGCGUGCUGCGCAGGUGGGUGGACGAGGAGUGGCCCAAGAGGGCACGCGGAGACCACCCCAGGAACGUCUAGGCCUCCUCCUCGCCUUGGCCAGUUUGGACCUUGAAACGGCCCCAGACCAGGGAGCAAUGUGAAUCUGUUCCUUUUUAUUUUUUUUAAAUAAUAUAUUUUUAUUGAUUUCGGAGAGGAAGGGAGAGGGAGAGAAAAACAUCCAUGAUGAGAGAGGAUCACGGAUCGGCUGCCUCCUGCACGCCCCCCGCUGGGGAUGGAGCCCGCCACCCGGGCAUGUGCCCUGACUGGGAAUCGAACCGUGACCUCCUGGUUCCUAGGUGGACGCCCAACCACUGAGCCACGCCGGCCGGGCUGUGUUGCUCACUUUGGAGCCGUUCACUCAUUUCUCGGGUCAGAUUCCCGCUGUGUGCCCCCGGCCUUUUCUCUCCCAGCCUCAGGCCAACAGCUGCUUCCAUUUUGCACCGACAGAUGCAGAGUCAAUGUGUGGGCUUGCCUUUCAUAGUUGAUCACACUUCGGUUUUCUACCCUUGUCACCGAAACGACACAAUGACACGGGCCCAAAGAAUUGAUGAGGUCGUUCUCUUUGCUCUGUGGGGGUUUGAGCUCCCUCCAGCCCCCCCAACCCUGUGCACGCCCUGUAAACGCAGGGAGGCAGGUCUCUCUCCCCUUGUGUUUGGAGGGCAUCGAGGCGGAGAUGCUAAGCCACCUGCUGGGUAUGCAGGAGCUCCAGGAUGAGUGGGGGCCACACCUGGUGGUCCCACUAGGGGGACCCCCUAGAGGGACUCACUGCUAAAUGAAGACAGGCUAGAUGCCUCCCAGAAAUCAACCCCACGUUUGCACUGAGGGGCAGCCUGACAGGACUGCUGUUGGAAAUGGAGAAGGGGGUGGCUUCCUACGGCUCGCUAAGCCGAGCCGUGUUCUUCUGUUGUCUGUGACACCCGGUGACCAUCUUCCUGGGAGGCCUCCCGGGUGACGCGUCUUCCGCCAUCACAGGCAAUGCUUUGAAACGACUGGAUUUUGGUGAGACUCUGUGUGGAUCUGUCUGAAGGGUGUACUUGUGCAGCCGCCUUCCUUUUGGUCUCCUGUUUCAACGCGCGUUUAUAUGUUUCUUAGAAAUAAAGAUUAUUUUUACCUAGAUUUUAAUGGGUGCUACAAAAUUAAAGGUGGAUGCCAACCACUAUCUGUAAUGGGUGCUUUUAUGUGGCUUCCAACAUCGUCGCCGCUUCUGUGGGUCCGUCAGAAGGCUAGUGAGUGUCUGAAAUGUGUCCUGGACACUAAGGGUGCAAAGAUAAGCAACACCUUCCAUCGAUUGCCCUGGUCAGUUUGGCUCUGUGAAUAGAGCGUCCGUGCCUGGACCGAAGGGUCUGGAGUUUGAUUCCGGUCAAGGGCACAUACCUCGGUGGCAGGCUAGACCCGGCCGUGGUCUGGGGUGCGUGGGGGAGGCAACCAAUCGAUGUGUCUCUCUCACAUCGAUGUUUCUGUCUCCCCUCCUCCCUUCCACUCUCUGAAAAUCAAUGGAAGUAUGCCCUGUGGUGAGGACAAUAGGACAGCAUGAGCCACUGGGAUGAAUUAAUUUAAUUUGCACGCUGGAGAUCUCUCCCAUCUCCAAGAUUCUUUUAUUUUAUGACAAAACCACAGUUCUAGAAGCUUGAUUCUCACACCCGAGAAGACUAGGUUUGGGACAUGAUCCUGUAGAACGUAAGAGGUAAGCCUGGUGAGUCCGAACACAGGAGGGCUAAGGCCAAAAAGAGAUCGAGUCCACGGGUGGUUGAGGGUACACGGGUGGUUGAGUACACGGGUGGUUGAGGAUACACGGGUGGUUGAGUACACG